AUGAAAAAACUAUUGAUAUCUAAUUCAAAUAAACAUUGUUUUUAUAACUUUAAUUUAUUUAAUUAUCAAAGUUUAAGUUUACAAAGUCAUUUAAAUCAUAACUAUAAUUAUAGUUUUAGUUUUAGUAAUUAUAGUUCAGAUAAUAAUAAUAGUAGUAGUAAUAAUAAUGAUAAUAAUGAAAGUAACAAUGUUAAAUUAGAUAAAAAUAUAAAUAGUAAUAAUAAUAAUAAGAGUGGUGGAUAUCGUGUAGUUAAACCAAAAAACUUAUACCAAAAUAAUAAAUAUAGUGGAAACUACAACAACAAUAAAUUUAACGGUUACCAACAAACAAACAAACCGAAUCAAAUAGAUCAUACACAUUUUCAAUCGAAACCUAAACCAACUAGACAACCACAAUCACAAUCACAGCUAAACACAUCUUUUAAUUCAAAACAAAAUUCGAUUUCAACAGAACAACAACCACAAUCACAAUCACAAUCACAACCUCCAAAUGAUAUUUCAAAGUACAAUGACAUAAUCACCAAACUAUGUGAUUCUAAAGAUAUAAUGAAAACAUGGAGGAAAUAUGAAGGUGAAAUACCUCAAUUCUAUAAAGCAGCGGUACUUUUUAAUACAUUGAAUAUCAAGCAAUCUCAUCAUGUCGAUCGUAUUGUGGUUGAUGCGUUGAUGUCAAAGGAGUACUCAUCGAUUACACCCAGUAACCCUGUUCCACUGUUGCUCGAUCUCAUUCUUCUCAUGACAUUGCCAGAGUGCAAUGCCUAUGACAGCGAUGGAACAAAGAGAGGACAUCAAUUCAUCAAUCAGCACCUACUCGAAAGAAUAUACACAAUGGAGAAUCAGAGAAUGAGAGACGAACUCUUUAAAUAUCUGAUUACCAGUAGUCUUCAACUGGGUCGUUACGAACUGGCGCUGCGUUGGUAUGCACGUGUCAUCCAUGCACCGCAAGCCGACAUCGUCAGACCGAUCUGUGUAUUCAAAUUCAUGCUGUAUCACCAGCUGCGAAUCGAGCGACUCAUGGCAAAGGGUGAAUCUGCAUCGUUGGAGAUCGAGGAGAUGACACUCUCCUUCUGGAAUCUCAAGGUACAAUCGAGACAGAUAUAUCGCGAGGCAUUCGAGGAGUACAAAGCAACUGAGAGCACUCUCAAAAGUAGAACAUUCAUUGAGCUACCGACGACAUCCGAUCAACCAUCGAAACCCGAUCAACUACUGGACAAAGCGGUAUCAACGAGGAAUAUGCCAAACAUAAAGAAUCUGCUGCUCGACUACUACCUUAAAUUCGAUAUUAUCCCACCUGGAACGCUGUUGAUCGAUUCAGUGAUGUUCCUCACCGACAUGAAUAAUCACGAUGCCUACCGAGAGUUCCUACGCAAUAUUCCCGAGAGUGCACGCGACCACCAAGCGAUACUCUUCCACCCGGCUCCAUACGUGCAGUCCUCACUGACCGAUCCGAAUAAACGACUCGAACUCCUCAGACAUCUCCAACCACAACUGUACAUCCAAAACGCACGUAUCAUCCUCUCGAUUAUCAUUGACCUCUUCAACGCACAGGAAGAUCACAAAGCGAUCUUAUUCUUCUUGAAAUCCGCCAGAAAGCCAUCGGUAUUCCCAUUCAUUGCGAAAAAGAUGCAGAUACUAAAGAAGUUUUGUCAACUCGAUGAAGAUCUCUAUGCACAGAUGAGCUUGAUCGACCAGUGGGUCGAGUACUGGAGGACAACGGAAUCGGGUGUGCCAAACGAAAUGAAGAUUCUGCAAGCAUCGCAUUUGCUGCAAGCCAACAAGCUGGAACAAGCAGUGGAAAUACUCAGUAGAAUUCCAAAGGAUAUCGCCAGCUAUCGUCUCAUUCCAAAGCUGCUGGAAGUCAAUAUCGAAGCAAUAUUACGUCCACUUGCACAGAGCACAGAGAAUCAGAUUCACAUCGAGGAUAUCGAAUCUGAAGAACUCUACAGUAAACUGCAGUUUCCAACCAAAGACAGAAGCACCUACUUUGACAAAGUUAUGUUCUCUACCGCUCUCUUCAGAGUGUUGAAUCGACUCAACAUAAGUCCAUGGUUGAUUUUGGAGUAUGUCGAUAAGAAUCCAGAGUUGUUUGGUAAUACCCAAAAGUUACCAUCACCAUUGCUCUAUCAGAUGGUAAAGAGACAGUCUUCGUCGCCACAGUUAAAGUUACUCAUUCAAUACUCAGACAUCAAGUCCUACCAUGAACCACUGAGAAAUCUACUCGGUCGAUUGAUCAGCUUCAACAUUGUCGAAAUCAACUUGGCAUUCUCAAACUUCCCAAAGAAAAGAAUAGAACCAGAGCUUGUUAUCAGUCCAGAGAAUUUACAGUUUAUUGAACAAUAUCAUAAACAAACAUCAUUUGGAACUAAUUUAUCCACCAUUGAAUCAUUGUCAGUAGCAUUAGAAGCUUGCACGAGUUCAGUCAAAAGUCUUUCGAUCCUUCCUAUUCUUUCCUCUAAACCGGUGAUCUGA